AGUGUUCAUUUGUGAUUUGUGAAUUCAGUUCAUUGUGAAGUGAGUGUUUACUUAUGAUGAACACCUCGGGCCCCACUUUGCUCAUAGAUCCCUCCCUUUUGUUACGCCUCUCCCGGGGUGACAAAGCCGGCAAGUUCAAGAGCACACUGGCGCUCUCCCCGAGCACCCCACCCCUCCGUAUUCGCCUUAUACUCGUCGCCUGAAAUAAAAGAGCGCACAGCGAAUGGUUCCACCUUCAGCUUGCUUGCCUGCUUUCUUUCUUUCUUCUUCCGAGACCUGUCCGCAGCAUCACGGAGGAUUAAACGGAGCAGGCAUCGCCGUUGCGUAGCCGCCUUCUUCUCUCACGGGCUUGGGAGCAUCUUGAGCGUCGCUGUCCAGCAUCCGGCGGUGCUGAAGUGGCGAUGCGCCGGCGAUGAAACAGCUCGCCGUCCCAGACCUCCGACAGACGCCAUCGCCAUGGACGAGGAUUUGUUCCAGCUGAGACAAUUGCCCGUGGUGAAGUUCCGUCGCACUGGGGAGAGCUCACGUUCGGAGGAUGACCACGUGUGCGGAGAGCAUGAGAUUCACAUCGAGGGAGUCCGGGGAGACUUAGAACAUGUUGAGCUUGGUGAUGAAUCGGCUGUGCCUAAGGAGUUUGCCAACCCCACUGAUGAUACAUUUAUGGUGGAGGACGCUGUGGAAGCAAUUGGCUUUGGACAAUUUCAGUGGAAGUUAUCAGUCCUUACUGGUCUGGCCUGGAUGGCUGACGCCAUGGAGAUGAUGAUCCUGAGCAUUUUAGCCCCUCAGCUGCACUGUGAGUGGAAACUGCCCAGCUGGCAGGUUGCCCUGCUCACGUCGGUUGUCUUCAUUGGAAUGAUGUUGAGCUCAUCACUGUGGGGAAAUAUUUCAGACCAGUAUGGGAGGAAAACAGGAUUAAAGAUCAGCGUGCUGUGGACACUGUACUAUGGAGUACUCAGCGCCUUUGCCCCAGUGUAUGGCUGGAUCCUCUUCCUGAGGGGCCUGGUGGGAGUCGGGAUUGGAGGUGUUCCUCAGUCAGUGACACUAUAUGCUGAAUUCCUGCCCAUGAAAUCUAGAGCCAAGUGUAUCUUGCUAAUAGAGGUGUUCUGGGCACUAGGAACAGUGUUUGAAGUACUGCUGGCCAUCUUGGUUAUGCCCAGAUUGGGCUGGACAUGGCUGCUACUCUUGUCCACCGUGCCACUCCUUCUCUUUGCCAUCCUUUGUUUUUGGUUGCCAGAGAGUGCACGGUACGAUGUGCUUACUGGAAAUCAAGAAAAGGCUCUUGCCACAUUGAAACGCAUUGCCACAGAAAACGGAGCUCCCAUGCCCCUUGGGAAAUUAAUUGUAGCCAGACAGGAGGAUCGGGGUAAGAUUCGUGAUCUGUUCACUCCUCAUUUCCGUUGGACCACCUUGCUACUGUGGUUUAUUUGGUUCUCCAAUGCCUUUUCAUACUAUGGUUUGGUUUUGCUGACUACUGAGCUAUUUCAAGCAGGGGAUAUCUGCAGUGCAGCAUCCAAAGGCAGAAGGACAAUGGAGCCACGGUGCGGCCUUGAAUGUAAAUACUUGACAGAGAAUGACUACAAGGACCUGCUGUGGACAACGCUGUCUGAAUUUCCAGGAGUGCUCAUUACACUUUGGAUAAUUGAUCGGAUUGGCCGUAAGAAAACAAUGGCACUGUCUUUUGUUGUAUUUUCAUCCUGCACUCUGCUCUUAUUUGCCUGCGUAGGAAGGACAGCACUCACAAUCUUUCUGUUUAUUGCACGAGCAUUUAUUUCUGGGGGAUUUCAAGCAGCUUAUGUUUACACUCCUGAGGUCUACCCCACAGCCACACGAGCUUUGGGUUUGGGGACAUGCAGUGGGAUGGCUCGAGUUGGUGCUCUCAUCACACCCUUCAUUGCCCAGGUCAUGCUAGAAUCUUCUGUUUAUCUCACGCUCUCUGUAUACUGUUGCUGCUGCGUUUUGGCCGCCAUUGCCUCUUGUGCCCUGCCCAUUGAGACCACAGGGCGAGGCCUACAGGAGUCCAGCCAUCGAGAGUGGGGACAGGAGAUGGUGGGUCGAGCAUCACAUAGCACAGAAGGAUUCUACCGGUCAAGUUCGGGGUCCCAGGAUUAGCACAGACGGGAGUGGAGUAUGGGACUACUCAGAUUUGGGGUAUGUGGGGACACACUAGUGGCUCCCAGGGGGCCAUACACAUUGUCUAGCCUGUUCACCGAGGAGUCAAGGAGGAUGCCUGCUUAUACAAUGUGUGUUUAUGAUUGCAUUUUAUUAAUGUAACGACCAAACAAAUGUGAAUUAUAGACAUCACUGGCUGUGUUGCAGAUCACACGUCUACAGCCGAGGACCUUGGUGGGCUAAGGGCCGGUGGGUGGUAGAGGGAGCUCACAAACAUUCUGUUUGGAUUUUGGUUCCCCUCAUUCAAACUGAGGUAUUGUAACUGAGAUGAAGCCAAGCACCCCUCUGUGUCACAUUUCUUUAGUGUAAUAAUGUACUGUACUGUAAAUUCAGCCAUAACAAGAGCUCUGGCUACGUACGUGGCUUACACUGCUUGGCAGCCUCGUUUAGUCAAUGCCAGGCCAUGAAUUUCCUUUUUGAUUGAUGUUAGCAAGCUGCUUGAGCUACAAUGUCCAUGUACACAAAAACAAAGUCUAACUUUGAUCAUCCUGGGAUGGCUACAUGAGUCGGGUGCAGUAAUAGUCUCAUUUUAUUAACUGGACAUUAUUUAAUUAAGAAUUUUACGUUUCUAUGAAGUGCACAUCCACUUAACAGUCCAAAUGCAGUAUGGCUCUCAAAGGUCCAGUGGUUGUCCCUGUGACGCCUAAAUCACCUACCACUGGGAAGUGCUCUUAAUUUUGUCCAAACACUUGCUCAGUUCUCCGUGUGCCCUUUGCCGUCAGCCAUCACUUGGCACUCUCAUCCUCAUUCAUUGACCAAAUGCACACCUUCAUGAGAUGCAGCUUGGCCAACUCAGCCAAUCAGUUUCAGUUCUAGACGUCUACACUUUGCCAGGAUGGUCAGGUCCUCUGAAAAUGUAAGAUCUCCUCCCACACGGCUCAGUCUGCAAAGCUGAGGACGGCACAAGGGACAGCCAGCGACAUACACACAGAUUUACUCAAUGCCUGCCUUUUGCAAUCUUCUUGUUACAUUAAGUGUGUGUACACGGGUUCUUGCCAGCGCACUGUUUGUAAAUGUGUAUGAUACAAUAAAUAAUGUUUGGAAAAGUGGA